GCCACUGGAUCGCGGGGUAGGGAGCCUCAAAGAUGCCUUUUCAGGACUGCCCUCCAGAUACUGCUGUCACAUUACAUAGCAGAUGUCUUUUGAAGUGCCUUUUGAGGAAGGCAGUACUGAUGCUAUGAAUUGCGGUUGUAACAUCACAAGGUAAUUAAGGCGUAUUAGGAAGGAGGAACUUGGCAACGACUGGUUGUGCACAUUCUCAUCCAGCAUAUCAUUUCACAGCCAGCAGCAUCACAGCCUCAAGUUACAUCCCAUCUUUUACUCACAACAAUAAGGCCUCUUUUUCUCCCGUGUUAUCUUCCGAAAGUCAGACAUGGAGCUCUCUAGAUACCUUGCUCUCCUGGCAGUCAUCCUGCCCGUUGCUUACGGUGCUCCGACGCAGGCUGCGACCAGCCUUCACCCUAAGAUCUUGGCCGCCAUGAAGCGUGACCUUGGAUUGGACGCCGAGGCUGCCACUGCUCGCGUUGCCUUCGAGCACGGUGCCACCGACAUCAUCGAACAGCUGCGCACCUCGACGGGCGACUCGUUCGCCGGUGCUUGGAUCUCCGCGGACGGCACCACUCUUAAUGUCGGUGUCACUGAUGAGGGCCUGGCCGCUGAGGUGACCGCUGCCGGCGCUACGCCAGCCAUCGUGUCUAACAGCCUCUCCAAGCUCGAACAGGCUAAGGUGGCAAUUGACAACCUGGAUAUCAGCCAAUCCAAGGCCCGCGACACGAGCUCGGCUGACUCUGGCAUUGCAUCGUACUACGUUGACGUUGCUUCCAACAAGCUCAUCCUGGAGGCACUCGCCGGUAGUGUCGCUCAUGCCGAGUCGCUGGCCACCCAAGUCGGACUCGCUGCAUCCGACUUCGAGGUGCGAACUGUUGAAGAGAUGCCGACCACCUUCGCGACAAUCCGUGGCGGCGACGCUUACUACAUCAACCGAUCGGCUAGGUGCUCUAUUGGCUUCUCGGUCACGACGGGCUUUGUUUCAGCUGGCCACUGCGGGACCGUAGGUUCUUCUGCCACCACUAGCAGCGGUGCGGCGCUCGGAAGCUUUGCGGGCUCGGUCUUUCCAGGCAGCGCCGAUAUGUCCUUCAUCCGCAGUAGCAGCGGAAACACUCUCAGUGGCACCAUUAACGGCUACAGCCGGGGCACCCUGCCUGUGUCCGGUAGCACUGCAGCCGGCGUCGGAUCCAGCAUCUGCCGCUCCGGCUCCACCACUGGUGUCUACUGCGGCACAGUUGGGGCCCUCAGCGCGACGGUCAACUACGCCGAAGGACGUGUCACAGGUCUCACUCGCACCAGUGUGUGCGCCGAGCCUGGUGACUCCGGCGGCUCUUUCUACUCCGGCGCUCAAGCCCAGGGUGUCACCUCCGGAGGCUCGGGUGACUGCAGUUCCGGCGGCACGACCUACUUCCAGCCGGUCAAUGAGAUCCUGUCGACCUAUGGUCUUACGCUGGUCAGGUCUUAAACAGCUAACCGCGACGGCUGUCAGUACUGCUCAAGCUGUGUUACAUUUUCUUUCGAAGUACAUACGACAUUUGAAAUCCACCUUUGAAUCUCUUCAAGUAUUUAGUCUCUACUAGGAAAUGAAC